AUUGAAAGAAUUAGUUGUUAAAUACUCCUCUGUCUUUGCUAGUGAUGACGACAUUCCAAGUAUAUCACCCUUUUUCUAUCACACCAUUCAGUUACAGUCCAGACCUACGUCCAAGAAACCUUAUCCCAUCCCAGCUUGUUUUUAUGAUAAGGUAGCUGAACAAAUUAAAGUAAUGGAGAGCCAGGGUAUUAUUAGACCAUCCAGAUCAGCAUUUAUCUCCCCAGUUGUUCCCAUAGUGAAAAAGGAUGGAAAAAUUAGAUUGUGUGUAGAUUUCAGGAAUUUAAAUCAGCAUGUGCUGAAUGAUUCUUACCCAUUACCUAAUGUGAAUAACAUUUUGCAUAACUUGGGAAAAGGAAAGAUGUUUUCAUGCCUUGACUUGAAACAAGGUUACCAUCAAAUACAGUUAAAUGAAGAAAGCAAGCCCUGGACUGCAUUUGCAACAUCAAAUGGAUUAUAUGAACAUAAUGUGCUACCUAUGGGUUUAAAGGAUUCUCCUGCGGCAUUCUGUAGAAUUAUUAAUCAGACUGUGGGGCUAUGCAUGGGAUACGUUCAAGCCUGGGAUGUACCCCAAAGCUCACCUCCUCAACAAGGGAUGAGUUUCUCCCAAGACCAUCAACUACUUGUAACUGGACAAGCUUAUGUGGUGCCUUUUUUGUUGAAAUUGGAGGAUAUCUAUGAGCCAAUUAAAAAAACCAUCAAUAUCACUCAGAAUAUAAUAUAUAAUUUAAAUGAAAUUGCAGGAGAUGAUUUUAUCAUCAAUCAGAAUAUGAUAUAUAAUUUAGAUGAAAUUGAGGGAGAUGAUUUUAUCUUGUUUACCUCUUUGAUUUCUCAGCAUAUCCUGGCUUUUCAAGAAAGAUUAAAAAAUUUGCAUGCUUCAAUGCAGGAUUUCCUAAUGCAUAUUGUGGCCAAUGACAUUCCUCAACCUAGAAGAAAAAAAAGGGGGGCAAUAAAUUUUAUAGGAUCUUUUGCAAACACAUUAUUUGGGACUGCUACACAAGAUCAAGUUGAUAUUAUUCAUAAAAGAUUACAAUCGUUAGACUCCUUCACAGAAGAGGAAAGAAAACUCCUCAAUGUUCAUUCCCAUGUUAUCAAUGUCACUCUCAAUGAACUAACAAAUGUUCAUCAAACAUUGGAAAAACUAGAAACUGCUACCCGUGUUACUAAGACCCUUAUGACUAAGAUGGAAAACAUAUAG